GCAGCACCUCAACGGAGAGGAGGCUGCAGCAAUGGGGGCGGCUUUGGUGGCGGCCAACUUUAGCAGCUCUUUCCGCGUGAAGAAGAUCUUCUUCUCCGACCUUACGGCUCACUCCUACGCCGUGCAGGUGACGGCACUCGACGGAUCGUGGGAGAAGAACCUCACGACUCUGUACCCUGUCGGAGCACCGCUAGGUGGCAAGAAGAAGCUCUCCUUCAACUUGGAAGAGGAUUUCAUGGUGAAGCUCUUCGAGGACGACAUUCUGGUCUCCGAAUACACCGUGAGCGGGCUCAAG